UGCCCACUCCUGCCCUGAGCCCACCCCAGGCCCACUCCUCACUGCCCUCGCUCCCACCAUGGCUCCCACCAUGGUACCCCUGCUGGCCCUGUGCCUGGUGGCGCUGGUGGGCCUGCCUCUGGCCAGGGCUCUGGACUGCCACGUCUGUGCCUACAACGGGGAGAACUGCUACAACCCCAUGCGCUGCCCAUCCAUGGUCUCCUACUGCAUGACCACACGCACCUACUACACCCCCACCCGCAUGAAGGUGAACAAGUCGUGCGUGCCCAAGUGCUUCGAGACGGUGUACGACGGCUACUCUAAGCACGCCACCACCACGGUCUGCUGCCAGUAUGACCUCUGCAACACCGCCAGCCUCGCCGCCCCCGCCGCCCUGGCCCUCCUCCUCCCCACCGCCCUCUGGGCUCUGCUCUAAGGGCCCCUUGGCCACACCCAGGACUGCCCUCCCUUC